AUGUCAGCUGUAACCCCAUUUCCAUUGUGCAAUCUCCCAUUACUUCCACUUAGAGAAGUAUUUGAUUCCAUGCAAACCCGCGGUAUGUAAGUUGUUUUUUUUUUAAUUUUUUAAGUGACUCUGUCAAUAUCUUAAGGUUUCUUCUUCUUCACACUUCUCCUCAAAACACCAAGCAACUGAUCAAAAAGAACAUCAGAAAUUUCAAACACGUCAAGAACAGUGCAAAGAGCGAAUUGUAUACGUCACUGUAACAGCUGAACAUAACCAUUUUGAGGUGGUCGAUGGUUACGACAGGAAACGAGCGGUAUACAGAGGAAACAACAUAAACCAAGCUCUUCAAACUAUCAAAUGUUUGAAGGAUAACUUUAGAUGUGAACGAAUGACAUUGCUUGAUAUAACUGAUCAAGAGGAAAAUGAUACCCGUCAAAUGGUUACUUUUCUUAAAGACAGGUUUUUCAUUUCUAGAAUGAGAUUCAAGAAUGAAAGUAUAUCCAGUGAUUUGUUUAAUUGGAUAAGAGAAUUGUCGAAGUGAUGUAAACAUUUCCGUUACAAAACCACAAGCCAUUAAUGUUAACAACUGGAAUGUGCUUGGAACCCUGAUUAACUAUAAUUUCGACGGAGUAAACUUUUCCAGUCAACAAAUGAAUUUGCUAUUGAAGGUGCUGAAAGAAAACAACAACUAUAUUCGUAUUUUGAUGUCUAACAUGGAGAACAGUCUGGAUUUAUCAGUGGUUGUUGCGGAUACAGGAUCUACAGCGAGAAUGAAAGAAUACCGUGUUUAUGAUCCUUCAACUAAAAGUUUUACAACGACAUUCAAGCCAAUGGACUCCAGAUUUAUCAUGAAGAACAACGACGGUGGUUGCAUGAGUAUCUCAGUUGAAAAGAACGGACUCAAACUCACUUCUUUUAGUGCGUGA